AGUUUUCACCACUUUCUUCUAUUUUCUCUCUACUCACUCCUCCUUCUCCUCUCAUCGGAACCACCCUCCCUUUUCAGAUUGAAUCCUCUCCGAUACUUUUCCACUCAAAACCCUAAUUCCCAUGGAUACACUUCAAGCAACAUACAAAGACGAAGAAGAUGAAGACGAAGACCUUCCACUCGCCACCACAACCGCACCCACCGCCGACCAACCCGUUUCCUCCGUCGCCACCGAUAUGGAAUCAACAUACGCACCUCUCGUCACUGCCAGCACCCCUUCUGACACCCUCACCGAACCCCAAAACGACGGAAAAUCAGAGCUCGAUCCCUCCGAUGAACCUUCCUCCGACGAAGCUGCAUCAAACGGCUUGAAUUCCCCGAAACAGAGUAGAGGAGAUGCCGACGAAGAUGAAGAGGAACCGCCUCCGAAGAAGCAGAAGCAACUGUCCUCUCUCGUCAAGGACGAGUCCGUGUCAUUGCCGGAGGAAAACAACGGGACGGGAAAUGCUGCUGCGUCAACUGCAACAACGUCGACACCGGCGAAUGGAACUGUGAAGAAAUCGAAGAAAAAGAGCAAUAAUGUGUGGGCAACAAAAUCAACCAGGAAAGGGAAAAAGAAGAACAAAAACAACAAUAAUAACAACAACACCAACAACCAAACAAAUGGUGGAGAGGACAGUGUUUUGGUGACGCCGGUACCGAGGUUUCCGGAUAAAACGGACGAUACACCGGAUAUGAAGAUAUGUCUAUCGAAGAUAUACAAAGCGGAGAAAGUAGAGUUGAGUGAGGAUAGGUUGAGUGCAGGGAGCACAAAGGGUUAUAGAAUGGUUAGGACAACGAGAGGGGUAACUGAAGGAGCUUGGUACUUUGAGAUAAAGGUUGUGAGGCUAGGGGAGACUGGUCACACACGUUUAGGUUGGGCUACGGAGAAGGGUGAUUUGCAGGCGCCUGUUGGGUAUGAUGGGAAUAGUUUUGGGUAUAGGGAUAUUGAUGGUAGUAAGAUUCAUAAGGCUUUGAGAGAAAAGUAUGGUGAUGAAGGUUAUGGAGUAGGUGAUGUUAUUGGGUUCUAUAUUAAUUUGCCUGAUGGAGAUAAGUAUGUGCCAAAAAACAAGCAGUUGGUUUGGUAUAAAGGACAAAGGUAUGCAUUGGCUCAAGAAGCUAAGGAAGAUCCACCCAAUGUUGUGCCUGGAAGUGAAAUGUCUUUCUUUAAAAAUGGUGUAUGCCAAGGUGUUGCUUUCAAGGACCUCUAUGGUGGUCGUUACUAUCCUGCUGCUUCAAUGUAUACUUUGCCAAAUGAACCAAACUGCACAGUAAAGUUCAACUUUGGUCCUGACUUUGAAUUUUUUCCUGAAGAUUUCAAUGAACGGCCUAUUCCCAAGCCAAUGAUUGAAGUUCCACAUCAUGGUUUUGACAAUCAAGUUGAAAAUGAGAAGAAAUCAAGUGGAGAGUCAGACGAGAAGAAAUCCAAUGGAGAAUCAGAAGAAAAGAAAUCAAAUGGAGAAUUGAACGAGCAGAAAUCAAAUGGAGAGCCGGAGGAGAAGAAAUCAAAUGGAGAGUCGGAUGAGAAGAAAUCAAAUGGAGAGUCGGUUGAGAAGAAAUCAAGUGGAGAGUCGGUUGAGAAGAAAUCAAAUGGAGAGUCGGUUGAGAAGAAAUCAAGUGGAGAGUCGGUUGAGAAGAAAUCAAGUGGAGAGUCGGUUGAGAAGAAAUCAAAUGAAGAGUCGGUGGAGAAGAAAUCAAAUGAAGAGUCGGUUGGGAAGAAAUCAAAUGAAGAGUUGGUCGAGAAGAAAUCAAAUGAAGAGUCUGCUGAGAAGAAAUCAAAUGAAGAAUAGCACGAGCUACAAAUUUUUGGCAAGUAUAUUUGCUGCACAGAUGGAUGGGUUCCUAUUCUGCCAUAACUUAAGUUGAUAUUAGGUUGAUUCUUAAAUGACUAGGUUAGUGGUGUAAACAUUUCGAAGGUCUUAAUAUUCUUAAAAUCCAUGGAAAAUUCUUAUACUUUCAAGGGUCUAGUCAGAUAUUUUGUAGUUUCUCUGGCACUGUCCUUUUGGAUAUUUGUAGCCAUCUAGUUACAAAUGCAUGAAUCAACUGUUUGAUAACUUUGCAAAAAAAAUAUAUCGAGCUAGUUCUUAUGUUA